AGCGUUUGCUACGAUGGAGUCAGAGAGUAGUAGUAUAGCGUCUCUCCCUCGUCCUUCAAAGUCUUCCGCUAUAUUGCUCGACACCCUCUUCCUCAUCGCCCUCCGUCUCCUCUACUUCUUCCUCUCGAGACGUUUCCUCCUGGCGACACUCAACCCGACUUUGCGAGACAUUUCCAAAGCUGAUACCGCUGCGGCUAUCCUUCCCACUGAAGCUCCCCGUACUCCCACCCGUCACAACUCCAACCUUGCCGCCUCAGACUUUGAGUUGGACACCGUCUCUGAUGACGAUCCCUUCACCGCGACGCCUAAUUCCUCCUAUCCACCUUCUCCAGCCGGCGGCAUCGUACGAGAUCCCUUCUCUCGUGAUAGAGCCGACGAACGUUUCUUGGGACAUGGCUUGCCCAGUAGUCCCUCUGGUGAAUCGUUGGAGCUACAGAGCUUUGGACAAAAACUUCAAAACGCAGACAGGCCCAGCAACGGAGGAGCAGGUCGGGUGCAGGUCCUUCAGUUGACACAUGCUCGUAGCAGUUCGGCUCAUGGUGUCAAGAAAGCUACCCGUGGUCUACACAGGGCUUCAAGACUACUGUUUGGCUUGUGCUUUGCUGAAGGUUGCAACCUCAUCACCCUGGUCAUCUUCCACUCGCUGGGCAUACUGCAUGCGAGAUCUCGCCAUGUCAACUUCUCAAUAUCUCUACACGUCGUGCUGGCCAUGGUGUUGCUAUUCGUUCCCCUCGUUCAAUGUCUCCUAUUGACCUAUCGAUCUCGAGCCACAGAUCCAUCAAAUUCAUCUAUCAGUCGACAAUCGUCACUGCCUCUCUCGUCUCGUCUCCUUAUCGCUCUCAUUCCAUUCACCUUAUACAUCUUCUUGUUCACCCGCAUACCCCCAUACGUAACGGCAGUGGCACCUAUGGUCGCACCUUCCGCCGAACCCGAGAACUCGGUGGAUGUCGACCUGACCGAUGGAGUCGCCCCGAGUGGCAUAGACGAGGUCAUCGUCAAUUGGUCUACAUCUGGUCCGGAAGGAUGGGAAGGUGGUGGCUGGUUGGCACCCAGUUUGGGAAGACUCAUCGUUCUGGGUGUGGUGGUUCUAGGAGGGUUAUCUGGUUUUGGUGCAGUCCGAACAGCAUGGGGAUUCUUCGAGCACGCAUCGGGGGCUAGGAGUCGACCCGUUACAGAUAGCGACUUACUACAAGCUGAAAGAUCAUUGUAUCGAGUCAGACAUGAACUCAUCGCCAAAAGAGAAGAACUCAAUAGACUGGCCGUUCCAUCUACUCCUGGCGGUAGCUCAUGGAUGGGACGUGUCUUUGGUUCCAGAGAAGAUCAAGAAAGCGCAUCGGUCCGGGCAGAAUUAUCUGGUUUGCAAGCUAUGGAGAGACAAGUGUCCAGAUCGGCUACAGCGAUGAAACUCCGUAAAAGGACUCAAGAAUUCGGGCACACGCUCCGUGGCAGAAUAUACCAUGUUCUCGGCUACAUCUUCGCAGUUUACUGCGCCGCUCGACUUCUCAUGUGUCUACCAUCCCUCUUCCUCUCACCGCUGUCCACCUCGCAAUUACCCAACGAGCCAGAGACGCAAUCUCGAGAAAAAGGAAAUACCAACGGGGAUUGGAUUUCCUUUCUCCUCGCUCUCGGUCUCAGCCAUCUUCCCACAGGGUCGACGGAGAUAGACGUGGCGAUGUGGAGCAGAAGUAUAUCCUUACUCCUCACGGGUUUACUCAUCUUGUCAAGUUUAGCACAGGUGCUUCGAAGCUUGAUGAGAGUCUUAAAAUUGACAAGUAAAACGGUCGGAGCGGGUUUUCUUCUUCUCAGUCUUGGACAGCUUUUUGCCACUUAUGUCAUCUCACUCCUCGUCCAACUCCGUACCACCCUCCCACCUUCACCAGAAGUCGAUACUGAUCCUUUCUCGCCCUUUUACUCCAAUACAACAUCUAUCGAGAUCACUCCGGCUUCAGGCACUACAGACUCGCUUCUCUCUUCCCUACCCGAUUUCAGGGUGUUUGGCAGAUUGUUCGACGUCAUGUUCCUCCUCGCCGCUCUUGGCACAGUCGCUUAUCGUUAUAUCGAGAGGAAAGUGAACGCUGCUGAUGAAUUGGGGGAGGUGUAUAGGUGACGGAAUAUACAUCAUAGACAUGGGAUGCUGCAACUGAGAGGAGGAUAUCAUCUGAACGUUUGGGGGUGACCAGUCAUAUGCAUUGCAAUAAUUUUC